CCAAUAACAAAAAGCAACCACCUCUAGCUAGCUCGUCGAUCAGUCGAGCCAUCCGUCCAUUCCCAGUUUCCCACUGCCAUGGCCUCGGCUGCAAGCAGCCGCAGCGUGCAGAUCCUCCUCCUCAUUUGCACUUGCUUUCUCCUACCCUUAUCCCUAGCUGCUCAGGGAGCUGAUGAUAAGAAUUCUGUGCAACUAGUAGACUCGAAAUUCUCCUUCAGUUUCGACUUCGCCAAUGAAUCCAGCUACCAAGCAGACCACUUAAGCUUCGAGGGCAACGCUUCGAGGCAAAGCAAUCGAAUUGACCUCACCUGUGACUCGCGCGGGAGCAUCCAGAGUUGCAAGGGGCGGAUGUCGUACAACGACCCGGUCACGUUCUACGACGACACAGGCGCCCUGGCGUGCUUCAGCACAAGCUUCACCUUCGCGAUCUUGGCCGAAAACUACUCCACCGCGGGGGACGGCCUAGCGUUCUUCCUCUCCGAUUACCCAUCCAAAAUGUUGCCGGACUCCGAGGGGGGACAUCUCGGCCUCAUUAGCGAGACCACAGCCUCACAGCACUUCGUUGCCGUCGAGUUCGACACGUACCAAAACUAUUGGGAUCCUAGCACCAACCACAUAGGCAUCGACAUCAGUUCCAUCCGCUCCUCGAACUAUACAAACUUGCCAAGAUUGAAUGGCACCAUGACAGCCAAAGUCCAAUUUGACAACACCACCAACAUGCUGCUUGCAUCCCUUUGGUUUGAUGACCAUCUCGAUAUCGACCCCGUUGUAGUCACUUACGUGUUGACAGAUCCAAAGUCGUUGCUUCCAGGGCAAGUGGCGGUGGGGUUUUCAUCGACUACCGGCACAUCGACUGAGCUCCAUCAGCUGCUCGCAUGGUCCUUCAACUCCACUCUUCCUGCUCGGUCUCCACAUAAAGGCCAAGACAACAGGAAAUCUACGAUUAUUACUGUUGGAGGAGCACUAGCUCUAGUGAUGUUGGUCCUCGGGGCGUGGUCUAUCAUCUCAUGUUGGAAGUGGAGAAGAAACAGACACCAUGGCUUUGAGAAGCUGGGGAAGCACGAGCCUACUCGGUUCGAGUAUCAUGAUUUGGAAGCCGCAACAGACCAUUUCUCCGAAGAGCGGAAACUUGGAGCAGGUUCCUUUGGGGUGGUCUAUAGAGGGUACUUGAAGAAACUGGGAUGUGAGGUAGCGAUAAAGAAGAUCCUGGAUAAGUCCCAGGUUGUGGGACCAAACAUGGAUUUUUAUGCCGAACUCGACACCAUCACUUCAGUAAAUCACAAGAAUCUCGUCAAACUCGUUGGUUGGUGCAGGGGAAAGAGCUGGAACUUUUUUGAGUUCUUGUGUUGGUGUUGGAAGAAGGAAAACGAUGAGCUCUUCCUAGUCUAUGAAUUGGUGCCCAAGGGAAGCCUGCAGGACCACCUAGACAACAAGGAGGAAACUCUACCGUGGCGAACAAGGUACAAGAUAGUGAAGGACAUCGCCAGUGCUCUUCUCUAUCUCCACCAUGAGUGCGUCCCAGUCAUCUUGCACAGAGAUAUCAAGCCGAGCAACAUCCUUCUGGAUAACAACUUCAAUGCCAAGCUUGCUGACUUCGGCCUGUCGAGGAUCACUGAUCCUGGCUGUUCAAAGGUCCUGACUAGAGCUGUAGGAACCGAGGGUUACAUAGAUCCACAAUGCAGGAAGGACGGGGUGGUUGAGUUCAGCCGUAACUCUGACGUCUACAGCUUCGGCAUUGUUCUGCUCGAGAUCGCUUGCAAACAAGGUAUGGUCAGGGAACGAGUCUUGCAACAGUACAUCAACAGAUCUCUCCUGCAGCAGGCUGCUGAUGACAAGUUAAAGGAUGAGUUCAAUAGAAGUGAAAUGGAGAAUGUGAUCAUCCUAGGGCUCUGGUGCUCCUACCCUGAUGAUAGUAAGAAGCGGCCUAGCAUGCAGCAAGUAGUGGCUGUCCUGGAGCAUGGCAGGACAUUUCCAGACGACCUUAACUCAUUAUUAGACACUACUUCAGCUUCUACACAACAGGAAACGUACAUGGUCCUGCAGGCACCUAGUUCUGCUAGCAGCACCUCCUACGAUAGCAUGAUGCAUGCAUGAAUUGAAUGACACCACGAACCCUAUACAUCUUUGGUCGAGGUUACUGGCCAUACAGUAUGCGCGUGUACCGAAACGUAAUGGCGCGUGGACCAGCUGCAGCGUCCAUGGUCCUCAAUUACGCAUCCUCUAUUAGUAGUGGAUAUGUGUGUAUAUUUUUUUUUUGAAAGAACAGGAGGGCUGAGGCCCCUACUGGUACGAGAAAAUAUAUGUGUGUAUAUUGCUUUUGCCAUUGGAAACAUGAAUCAAGCAUGCUGCACUGCUGAAUACAUUAUAUACCA